CUGCCGAGUCCAGGUUAAAGGCAGUCUGCGCGGGAACCAUACCGCAGGAGUACAGGCCAGCUGACCCGGUGCCUGCUUCUCUGUUCACUCCGGACUCAGGAUGAGCUGCAUUAACUUGGCCACCGUGCUGCCCGGCUCCCCCAGCAAGAUCCGGGGGCAGAUCCAGGUGAUCUUGGGGCCCAUGUUCUCCGGGAAAAGCACAGAGCUCAUGAGGAGAGUCCGGAGGUUCCAGAUUGCUCAGUACAAGUGCCUCGUGAUCAAGUAUGCCAAAGACACUCGAUAUGGUAAAAGUUUCUCCACACAUGACCGGAACAUUAUGGAAGCACUCCCAGCCUGCUUGCUUCGGGAUGUGGCCCAGGAUGCCCUGGCUGUGACUGUCAUUGGCAUUGAUGAGGGACAGUUUUUUCCGGAUAUUGUGGAAUUCAGUGAGAACAUGGCAAAUGCUGGGAAAACUGUGAUUGUAGCUGCACUGGAUGGGACCUUUCAGAGGAAGCCAUUUGGGAAUAUCCUGAACUUGGUGCCACUGGCAGAGAGUGUGGUGAAACUGACAGCAGUGUGCAUGGAGUGCUUCCGGGAAGCUGCUUAUACCAAGAGACUGGGGGUGGAGAAAGAGGUUGAAGUGAUUGGUGGUGCUGACAAAUAUCACUCUGUGUGUCGACUCUGCUAUUUCAAGAAGUUCUCAGGACAAUCUACUGGGCUGGAGAACAAAGAGAACUGCCCCCUGAGUGGGAAGUCAGGGGACACCUCAAGUUGUCGCAAACUCUUUGCUGCUCAACAGAUUCUACAGUGCAGUUCAAACAACUGAGGCAGUAGGGUUGUUCCUGGAACAGGCCUUGGCCUGGGAAGAUAAAUUCAAGUGCUCUGGCCUUGUCUGUAUGUGUGUAUAUAUAUAUAUAUAUAUAUAUAUAUAUAUAUAUACAUACACAUAGAUAUUAUAUAUAUAUACACAUACAUAUAUAUAUGGAGAAGUCACCGGGACCUGCUUCUUGCUUUCCCCACAUCCGUAGCUGUUGCUUAUAUCCAUAUCCUAGUUUUUGUCUUCCCCAUAUCCCUCAGAAAAGGGAGGACCAGAAGAUGAGACCUUAGGAAGGGGGGAACAGGAAAGAAGCUUCAUAACUUGGAAGAAACCUUUUGAACCCAAGACUAUACUUUACAACUUAAUUCUACCCUUCCCCUACUUGCCAUCCUACCCACCCUGCCCCCACAACUUCUGCUUGGUCUAUAAACAUUAAAAUCCCUCACCUUCCUUUCUUUGGCCUCAGUCUACGUAAAGCUCGCCUGAGCUGCUCUAAGCUUACGCAGGUGGCUAAGUCAGAGCAUUGUGGGUUUCCCUGAUUUCCUCUAGCUUGAGUUAUGACAGAAUUCUGUGACAAAGGACAUUACUUCCUCAUCUGUGUUAUCUAUCCUGACUUUGUGUUCUCAUUAGAACAUACUGUAAGAUUUUGCUUUUUCUUAAUUUUACCAACAUGAUAACUUUUUCCUUGA